GGGGCGGGGCAGAGACCGGAGCGUGAUGGCGUCAGGCGCCGCGGGCUCCUCUUCCUGUUGUCAGCGGCCGGGAGGCCGCAGCGUCGGCUAGGAGGCGGAGGGACUGCAGUGGCGGGGAGCGACCCCUGCCCGCUCCCGCUCCAUUUGGUGUCAUGUGAUUCUCUGUGGGAGCUGCUUCGAGAGUGGAAAUGCUCUCAGUGGUGGAGAAUGGACUGGACCCCCGGGCUGCCAUCCCGGUCAUCAAGAAGAAGCUGGUGGGAUCUGUGAAGGCACUGCAGAAGCAGUACGUGUCCCUGGACACUGUGGUCACUAGCGAAGACGGAGAUGCCAAUACCAUGUGCAGUGCCCUGGAAGCCGUGUUUAUCCACGGCCUGCAUGCCAAGCACAUCCGAGCUGAGGCUGGAGGAAAAAGGAAGAAAAGUGCCCACCAGAAGCCUCUGCCUCAGCCUGUCUUCUGGCCCCUCCUGAAAGCUGUCACCCACAAGCACAUCAUCUCGGAGUUGGAGCACCUGCUCUUUGUCAACACGGAUGUAGGCCGCUGCCGGGCGUGGCUGCGGCUGGCCCUCAACGACGGUCUGAUGGAGUGCUACCUGAAGCUGCUCCUCCAGGAACAGGCCCGACUGUGCGAGUACUAUCAGCCUACAGCACUGCUUCGAGAUGCUGAGGAGGGCGAGUUCCUUCUUAGCUUCCUGCAGGGACUAACGUCCCUGUCCUUUGAGCUCUCCUACAAGUCCGCCAUCUUAAACGAGUGGACACUCACCCCAUUAGCCCUCUCUGGGCUUUGCCCACUCUCUGAGCUCGACCCUCUCUCUACCUCUGGUGCAGAGCUACAGCGGAAGGAGUCUCUGGAUUCAAUUUCCCAUUCCUCAGGCUCAGAGGACAUCGAAGUCCAGCACUCAGGCCAUAAGAUCCGGCGGAACAGGAAGCUCACUGCCUCCUCUCUCAGCCUGGACACAGCCAGUUCAUCCCAGCUGUCCUGCAGCCUAAACUCUGAUAGCUGCCUACUUCAAGAGAAUGGCUCCAAGAGUCCAGACCGCUCUGAGGAGCCCAUGUCCUACGACUCAGACCUGGGCACAGCAAAUGCUGAUGAUUCAGACCGGUCUCUGCAAGAGGUAUUGUUGGAAUUCAGCAAAGCCCAGGUAAACUCUGUGCCAACCCAUGGACUGAGCCAAGAAACGGAGAUCCCCACGCUCCAAGCCUCACUCCCCCCCCACGGCCUCAACACCAGCACACAGCUGCACUAUGAGGUGCCUGCAGAGCCCUUUCCUGCCCAGGAAGCCUCUGGAACUCCAGAUGGUGGCCAUGAGCAGGAGCUGCAUUCCCAAGCACCUGGCACCCUGGACUUGCAGCAGCUGGACACUGCCCAAGCUGUCCCUGCAGGGAGCGCCUCAGGUCAGCAGCCUUUUGGUUCUGUGAGAGAGACCACCAAAGCAGUCAGCCAAGAGAAUGGCCAGCAGAAGACCCCAGGGGGUGACAGAGUUGGACUGAAGCUUGUGGUCUCCUCACCCACCAGUCCGAAAAGCAAGAGCUGGAUCUCAGAAGAUGACUUCUACCGGCCUACCCAGGAGCAGCCCCCAGAGAGUGCUUCAGAUUGCUUCGUGGUUUCUCCCAGAGGGCCUCCAGAGCCCAGGCCUGGCCUCCAUAGGCGUUUUUCUCAAGGACCAAGAAAAAGCUGCUCCUUGGAGGCAUUAGACAAAGCAGGUGUGCCUUCCCCAGGAAGCAGGAGAACCAAGGCAGCCCCAGCUCAGGAGCAUAAGAACUUCCGGGUGGUGCACCGGAGGCAGAUGGGGCUGUCCAACCCCUUCCGGGGUCUCAUGAAGCUGGGCACAGUGGAGCGGCGAGGGGCGAUGGGCAUCUGGAAGGAACUCUUCUGUGAGCUCUCCCCACUGGAAUUCCGCCUCUACUUGAGUGACGAGGAGCGCACCUGUGUGGAGAACUGCUCCCUGCUGCGCUGUGAGGUUGUGGGGCCAGCCCACAGCGACGGGCGCUUCGAGCUCAUUUUCUCUGGCAAGAAACUGGCCUUGCGUGCUUCUUCCCAGGAUGAAGCCGAGGACUGGCUGGACCGGGUGCGGGAGGCCCUGCAGAAGGUCCGGCCUCAGCAGGAGGAUGAGUGGGUAAACGUGCAGUACCCAGACCAACCUGAUGACGCCCCUGAAGUGCCCCGGGGUCACUCAGACCUGCUCUCAGAGCCUGCAACCCUCCAAAGCCCGCAGUUUGAUUGGUCAUCUGCCCACAUUCCAGAGCCUGACGCUAUUAAGGAAUCCCUUCUGUACCUGUACAUGGACAGGACCUGGGUGCCCUACAUUUUUUCCCUGUCCUUGGAGUCUUUGAAAUGCUUCCGUGUGAGAAACAACGAGAAGAUGCUAAGUGACAGCCAUGGCAUUGAGACCAUCCGCGAUAUCUUGCCAGAUGCAAGCCUCGGGGGACCAUCCUUCUUUAAAAUCAUCACAGCCAAGGCCAUCCUGAAGCUGCAGGCAGGGAAUGCCGAGGAGGCUGCCCUGUGGAGGGACCUGGUCCGCAAGGUCCUGGCAUCCUACUUGGAGACAGCUGAGGAGGCAGUGACGCUCGGCGGGAGUCUGGAUGAAAACUGUCAGGAGGUGCUGAAGUUCGCCACCCGGGAAAACGGCUUCCUACUACAGUACCUGGUGGCCAUCCCCACGGAAAAAGGCCUCGACUCCCAGGGCUGCUUCUGUGCAGGCUGCUCCCGGCAGAUUGGCUUCUCCUUUGUACGACCCAAGCUCUGUGCCUUCUCUGGCCUCUAUUACUGUGACAUCUGCCACCAAGACGAUGCCUCGGUGAUUCCGGCCAGGAUCAUCCAUAACUGGGACCUUACCAAGCGCCCGGUCUGCCGGCAGGCCCUGAAGUUCCUGACGCAGAUCCGGGCCCAGCCCCUCAUCAACCUGCAGCUGGUGAACCCCUCACUGUAUGAGCAUGUGGAACGGAUGCACCUCAUUGGGAAGAGCAGGGAGCAGCUGAAGCUUUUGGGGGAUUACCUGGGCGUGUGCCGGAGCGGUGCCCUGAAGGAGCUAAGCAAGAGGCUCAACCACAGGAAUUAUCUCUUGGAGUCUCCCCACAGGUUUAGCGUUGCUGAUCUCCAACAGAUCGCAGAGGGUGUGUAUGAAGGAUUCCUCAAGGCCCUGAUCGAAUUUGCCUCCCAGCACAUCUACCACUGUGACCUGUGCACCCAGCGUGGCUUCAUUUGCCAGAUCUGCCACCACCACGACAUCAUCUUUCCCUUUGAGUUUGACACCACAGUCAGGUGUGCCCAGUGCAAGGCCGUCUUCCACCAGAGCUGCCAGGCCGUGGUGAAGGAGGGCUGCCCACGCUGUGCCCGCCGGCGCAAGUACCAAGAACAGAACAUUCUCACGUAACCCCCGUCUCUAGACCCCACCCCAGAGGCCAGGGGGUGAGAGCCAUUAGCCCAAGCUGCUCCAUCUCAUGGUGUCCCAGCUGUGUCCCCUUAACGGGAAAACCCUCAAAUGUGAGCAGUGUACAGGCCUCCCAGAGAAAGCCAAGGAUGCCCCAAUGAUGCCCCAUGGUCUCCCUGCUACCAAGUGUUCCCUGUCUGGAGGUAGCAGGGGGCCUGUUCCUAACCAGGCCCUGCCUCACCACUGUCACAGCACUUCCAUUAGGGCUGUUCGAACACUGUGGAAAUGAGACCUGAGGAGCAUUUUCAAUUCCAAAUUCCCGAUUAAAAGGUCUAGUUUUUUAAGGUGGGUUUUCCCCCUUCAUAUUGCAACAGAAAAUAUUUUUUUAUACUUGACCGUACAUAAGUCACCCAUGAAAUCCAGGCAUUCUCACCCUGAGCAGAUGUGCAGGAGCCACUCAGGCCUGGCCUGGCAGCAGCAGGUAACAAACACAUGAGUCACUGCCAGGACAGAGCCUGGUGCUGGACUGGGUGCCUUGCCUUCACCCUUGCUGCCACAUGCCAAACUACCUGGUGACCUCUUCUUCCUGUCCCUGUGUCUUUACUCCCCACUCCCCCACUCCUUACCUGAAGGGGCCAUCCCCUUUCUUGGUGUCAGAGCUCCUGGCUCUUCUCUAGCCUGGGCUCUUGGUCCCUGCAAGAGAAGGAGAAAUGACUCAACCAGCACUGUCAGCACUUUGCACCUUCCUUGGUUCAGGGAAGGUCAUCACCUUGCCCACCCCUCAUCCCCUGCGAAGAUGGGCAGGGUGCUGCUGCCAACACUGCAGGCCCACCUCCUACGGGCUCUUGGGUCACAACCCUGCCUGGCUGACCCCUCCCGAGCAGAGAUAGGCGAGGCCUCAGAGGGGACAGUGAGCCCAGGGAGGGGCUGGCCUUGGGUGCUGUGAUGACCAAGCCCUGCACUGUGGGGAGUGACUGGUCCUUCCACUGUUGAGAUGUGCAGGGGUGUGCAGAGAAGCUGCCCUGAGGAAGCACCCUCAGCCUCAGUCUUAUAAAGCCAUUAAUUCCCAAAGUUUCCCAUCACUUGCCAGCAGGGGUGCUGCUGGACACUGGGAAAUGUCCUUGGCCCAGGAUUACCUUUGAAAGGGAUCUUGAGGCUGAGGUGGGAGCCUGAAAAUGUUUUCACAGAGAUGCUGAGACCCUUGAGGUUUAGGGGGAGGGGAUGGUCUCUGUUCCCUUCCCCCACCUCUCCUGGACCCAGCAGGCCCUGUCAGCCCUGGGGUCCUCCAGUCAUCCUACCUACAGUUCAAGUUAGAGUUGGAGGCCUCGGGUGAUCUGUCUGUCACUGUCAAGAAAUGAGCCUUCCACCCCUCCCUGGGGGUGAUCAGCUGCUGAGUCAUCAGAGCUAGAUGAAUGUGCAAUAGAAAAGAGGAGGCGGCAGGCGGGCAGGAGGGGGCCUGUGGGGGCGCCAGCAGCUCCUCACAGUCACAGAAGAUGGUGUGCACCUGCACCCAGACACCCUGGCCUCCUAAACUGGGUACCUCGUCUCUAUCCCCACCCCACCCCACCCCAGCCUGCAUUAACGCUCCACCACAAAGAU